AUCGCGAUGUAAACAAGUCAUUCGAGCAAAUUUUCACUGAACACGUCGUCGUCUCACACACAAAUUCUCAGUGCUUAAACACAAACCAUUUCGCCAUACAAAUUAUAUUUUCGAUUAAAUUAGUACUUUAAAUUAUAUUCAAUUAUGUCCACAACUCGGGUUGACAAAGACGGCAAUUGUGGUGUGUGUUCGCCGAGGCCCCCCAAAGGACAGACAGCGGAGCAAUGCGAGCCGGAUCAGGCCGCGCAAGGGAAGCAGGGACAGUGCAAGCCGGAGAAUACCGCGCGAAAUAGGCAGGAACAGUGCAAGAAGGAUCAAGCCGCGCAAAACAAGCAGGAGCAAUGCAAGAGGCGAUCCCAACAAUGUAAACCACCCAAGGAGGAAGAUGACCAAGAUGCAAAUGAGAAAGGAAAAACUAAAGGAAAAGGGAGUCCAAAAGAUAAGGGGACUCCAGUACCGAAGGAAAAGGGAGUUCCGCCGUCAAAAGAUAAGGGGGCGCCACCACCAAAGAAUAAAGAGAGUUCGCCACCAAAGGAGAAAGGUAGUCCUCCGCCGAAGGAUAAAGAAGCCCCACCACCAAAGGAUAAGGGGUGCCCACCGCCUAAGGAUAAGGGGUGCCCACAACCAAAGGAGCAGCAAAGUGAGCAGGGCAAGAAACAGGAUGCUCCGCCGCCCAAAGAACAAGCCGCCAAUCAAAGCAAACAGCAGGAUGCUCAACCGGCUCAGCAGCAAUGUGCGGCGCAAUGCAAAGAGCAAGUACAGCCAGCGCAGUACCCAACCGCGGAGUGCAAGAAGCAUGCUGCACCAUGCAAGAAACAACCCGCACCACCGAAACAACAGCGACAACGGAAUGAUGAACCGCCACCUCCAGAAGAGAAAUGCGGAGAGAAUGAAGGAUGGUCACGAGAAAAUAUCAAACUGGCGAUCAAUGCUAUUGUAUCUCUGGCAAUAAUCAUUUUAUGUCUCUACCAUCCAGACAGCUUAGACGCAGACGCGGAAGAAUUCAAGCCCGAUCCGGCAGACAUCGGUUGGAGGCCGAAGAUAGACGGUGGCGGUGCCGCCGAGCCGGAGCCAGACUCCACUGAAUACAAGCCCGAUUGGCGCCCAAUGAAAGACGACGGCGGCAAUGAAGCUGAGCCCGAAUGGGGCCUUAAACCCGAUUGGGGAUGGAGGCCCUUCCCCGAAGGACAAUGAGCUGGUGACGAACAACAUCAAACCAGUAGAAGGAAUUUAAUACAUACGCAAAAAAUGUUUCACCAGGAAACGCCAAAUUGACAAGAAAAUAAAAGAAUACUAUUAAAUAAUUACAGGCA